CGCCCUUAACUCUCUUUUUCCUCUCUCUUAUUCCUCUCAUCUUCUCACCCACAUCGACAACACGAAUCGGCUCGGCAGCGGUGAAUGAAAGAUCGACGGCGGGGGAGAAGAAAAGGGAUCGCCAAUAGCUUCGAUUUCAAUGGCGGUGGUGGAAGAUCGACCAGCGGCGUGGGUGUUGGCCUCUAACAGCGGCGAAUCGGCUCCUCUCGAUCGGAAAAGCAGCGAUCCAGACGGCGGUGAAGGAAGCUGGACUGGUUCCAGAUCUGCUCCAGCCGCGAUGAAGGAAGUUCGAUGGGUCGCCGAUGGUCUCUGCCCGCGCGAAUCGGCUAUUGCCGGGUGAUGACGAAGAGGACCUACUCUUCAGACGAGAAAAAUGAAAGAAUGAUACCAGAUCUGUU